GUUUCAUGUAAAAAUUACGUAAAAAAAUUGCCGCUAGGCUCAAAAAAAUAUUAAACAGUAAGUUUAUUCUCACAUUUUGCAGAUCGCAUUAUUUAUCGUAAUAAAAUUUCAAAUUCACGAGUUAUUUGAGUUUUGUAACACAAAUGGCAAAUACAUUUAAUAUAACACGAAGAAUUAUAAGUUAUAACUGAUAACUAAUUAGACUAAUUUGAAUUAAGUUGUCAUUUACUUGAGAAAGAUCUAAUUAAACACGAAUAAAUUUGAUUACAAAAGAAUGCGAGCUACACAACGAUUUUUUUUAGGCUAGGGGCAAUUUUUUUAUAUAAUUCUUGCAUAGUACAACAUUUUAUCAUAGUUUGUUUUGUUUUACCUCAUGUCUAUGAUGAAUAAAGUUCACUAUUGAUAUUUCGAUCCACAAGAAGCUAUAUUGACUUCGAGGCAAUAUAUUUUGAACGAAAUUCCUCGAAAUAGUCGCGCUUUUAGUAAAACAACAGUUAAAAAAGCAAAAAUAUUGAAAUUCUUAACUCAAAAGUCAGUUACUUUUCAUUCGUUCUGCGGUUCAAGAAAGCAAUAAUAACACCACUUGCGAUAUAAUUCUAUGAUUUUUCGGCGUAUUUUUGCUUACAUUUAGCAAAACAAUUGCGUUUCUGAUUAUUUUUGACUGAAGAACACAUGCUAAAAUGCUUGAAAAUAUAAUUUUUAGCUAAUAGUACCGUUGUGUUUCGCCAAAAAAGGGUUUAGAAGUGUUUCAAUGCUCGAAAAAGGUACAUAAGUAUAGCACCAUUUUCUAUUUCUACCCAACUCAAAGAUUUUUAAGCAAUUUUGUGUCAAAAUGCAAGAAGAGAGCUCUAUAUCCCAUUUCAGGUCGUAGUAGUUUAGAAAACUAAUUUACGUUUAAUAUGAAAAUAGGUACAUUUGUAGGAUAAGGGUAAUUUUUUUAGGUGUAGAUUUAAUUUAUUUUUUUGGAAAUAUGCGUCGUUCUUUUAUUUUUUAUAACGACUUGAGCUUAUUUGAAUUCUCUCAGUUUUGAUUUUUAUACCGAGACGAAUUGGUACCUAAAUUAAAGUCGUUGGAUGAUUAUUCUGCAGAAAUGCUAAUGGGAACACAAUAAAAAUCUGACUGAUUAUCCAAAAACUUUAUUAACCGCAACAAUCGCGAAUAACAUGUUCCAAAAUUCUCUCGUGUUCGCGAUACAUGUUCGCGUUACGUUGGCAACAUGCGCACACUUUCCUCCACGAUGAAAAACCCCAGUUUCGCCCAUCAUGGAGCCCACAACCCAGCCCCAAGCCCCCGAAUGGACCUGUCCCGAAGUCUUGCGCCUUAUCAGAGAAUUUGGCAAACGGCCAGCCCUUUGGGACCCCGAUUGCGACGACUACAAGAACAGGUCCCGGAAACACGCAAAGUGGCUCGAACUAGCGAACAUUUUCAACUGCAGCAGGCUCGAGGUCGAACGCAAGAUGAAAAUUCUCAACUCGCAGUAUCGAAGGGAAAGAUUCAAAGCCAUCCAAAUGAAGAAAGCUGGGAAGUUCCACGUAACUACGUGGUACGGGUACAAGGAAUUUUCUUUCAUGAACAAGCUAUUGGAGAGGUAUAAGAACAAGAGCGAACAGUCCAAUGAAAGUAAUGCUAUGCCUAAUAUUAAACGAGAAAUAGGCGAAGAGGUGUUGGAAGACGAAGAAAGUGAAAACGGAGAAGUGACAGAAUCACCAUGUUUUGUUGAUGUUUCAGAAGUAGAAAAAAAUAAGUGUGAAACACAGAAUUUUAAAGACGAGUGGUCGCUUUUUGGCGAAUUAGUUGCACACGUAUUUAGGAAAUUACCGGAUGAUAGGACAAGAUGCAUAGUUAGACAUAAGAUAAAUACGGUUCUGUAUGAGGCGGAGUUGGCGACUUAUGGCAAUGGAAUAAAUUAAAAUUCCUAUUAAAAGAGAUAUUUCAUUUUUAAAUCUUACAUAAAGUAGGCGUUAACAUGUAUAAUUUCUUCAAAAACUCUUCAUACAUACAAUUAUAUACACACACCAUAAUUAUGUAGCUGGUCAUAAAAGAAAGGUACAUUUCAAAUGUUACAAAGUACGGUCCUGUGUUACCUAAGUACUGGUGUUUCGUUAAGAAAAUAGACAUUUGAAACGUGCCGUAUAUUAAAAACUGUAGCCCCUAAAAUAAAAAGUGCCACAUGUUACCAACUAAAGCCACACUGAAGUUGGUAACGUGUGUUGUAACCUUGACCCACUUGUGGCACUCGCUAAAUCUUAAAAUUACCCAACACAAAAAUAAAAUACGUCAUUUGCAGUGUUGUUACAAUAUUGCGAAUUUAUUGGCGGAAAAGGGACCGUAAUUUAUGACGAGACUUAAAAUUAGAAAAUGCACAAACUGGAAUCGAAUCGUUACCACUUUAGCGUUACAUAAAAAUUUGAAAAGAAGCUCACAUAAGUAACAAUUACCGGAAAUGCAUCACACGAACCAUCCUUAAAAAAUAUGUUAAAAAAGCCAACAAGAUCAUAUAAAACGAAGAUAUUUUUUUACACUAGAAGAGCAGUCUUUCAGCCUCAAAUUCAAUCAUCUUUGCUUUUAUCGCCCGCGCCCGUUGGGGUCUCAUCUUCUUCAUCAUCAGAGUAGUUCGUGGGCUGCUCGCCUGGCUUCAGUAGCUUCCCAACGAGGUCGUAUUUCUCUGCAAUGAGUUGCGUUAUUCGUUAUCUCCAUGGCCGGCAAUUUACCUUUGAACUGCGCCUCCCAUUCCCGGACCGAAUCCAUUUCCAUGCUGUUAAGGUCGCUCAAAUCGUCGUACUCGUCGGUUUUUGCCGAGACUGAGAAGGUGGCGAGCCCCCUGGAGGCGUCGCGGCCGCCGAACGCCGCAUAAGGGCCCCCUGAACCAAAAGUGUGACAUCAUCAUGAUGGCCGCUGGGAAGUACUCACCGGGGCCGUAAAAACGCUUCCCUUUUGUAACGUCGUAGACGUUGCCGUUGACGGCCACGAGGACGCGUCCAUCCUCUUGGUUUCCGUCGUAUUUUUUCAGUUCUUCAACGGUAAAGUCUCUUUUUUUCAAUUUGGGGAGCUCCGGCUCGGGUUGGCGACUCUGAGGCACAUCUUGUCGGCUUUUCACUAUUUUGUACACUAGAAUUCCGAUCAGACACACUAAAAGAAUGUUUACGGGACUUUGGACGAUUUCCAAGACAAUAUUUGUAAGAAAACCGCCGGAUUUUGCUUCGCUUUCCGCCAUCUUGA